GAGCCGGGGCGGGGCUUCAAGCGAGAGGGAGGGAAGCCGGAGAAAGGAUAAAAAAGGGAGCGGAGCUGGCGCCUACGGUGGCCGAAGAGGGACGCGCCGAGCCGGAGGCUGCAGGAUGAUGCGAUUCAUGCUGCUGUUCAGCCGGCAGGGGAAGCUGCGGCUGCAAAAAUGGUACCUGGCCACAUCGGACAAGGAGCGAAAGAAGAUGGUUCGGGAGCUUAUGCAGGUGGUUCUGGCUCGAAAGCCCAAGAUGUGCAGCUUCCUGGAGUGGAGGGACCUCAAAGUUGUCUAUAAGAGAUAUGCCAGCCUCUACUUCUGCUGCGCCAUCGAGGGCCAAGACAAUGAGCUCAUCACGCUGGAGCUGAUCCAUCGAUAUGUGGAGCUCCUGGACAAAUACUUUGGCAGCGUGUGCGAGCUGGACAUCAUCUUCAACUUUGAGAAGGCCUACUUCAUCCUGGAUGAGUUCUUGAUGGGGGGUGAUGUCCAGGACACCUCCAAGAAGAGUGUGCUGAAGGCUAUUGAGCAGGCAGACCUGCUCCAGGAGGAGGACGAGUCGCCGCGCAGCGUGCUGGAGGAGAUGGGUCUGGCCUAGCCCUGCCCGGGCCGCGUGGAGAUGCGGGGAGCCGGUGGAGAGGCAGGGCCUGAGUGGCCCUUUGCUCGGAGGGAGCCACCUGCCCCUCCUCUGCUGCCUCACCUUCUUUUGGAGCGAGCUGUGGGCUCAGGACCCUCUAACAUUCCCUCCCUCCACCCCAGACCUCUUGUUUCCCCUUUUCCCACCGAAGGUUUUAGGAGCUAGGAGGUAGGAAAAUGUGACCAAGACGGGGGUGCUAUUUGGCUUUCAUUCCCUGCCUUUGAAGAACUAAUGUGACCCCCAACUUCCUCCCCUCCCUUAGAACUGUAAAUAUAUAAAUACAUCAGGUUAAAGGGGAAAGGUUUUCAGGGCUCCUCUCUGCUCCCUGCCCCGUAACCUACCUCCACCCCUCCCCGCAGCCAGCCAGGGCAGCUUCUCUGCCCAGGAGGGGGGCUUCCGUGUAGUGAGAGGGAAGUCCUUUCCCCUUCCCGGCCCCCUCCCCUUCCUUCCUGGCUGCAAUGGGGCCUCUGUCCAGUGUGGGGGAGGAACAACAUAGUUAAUUUUUUUCUAACCUUGCCACUCUGAGGGAAGGGAGGAUUGGGGGAGGGGCAGGCUUUAUGGGAGACUGGGCCCCGUGCCUCCUUCACUCCGAGUUCUGGGUGAGGCAGGAGCUAAGGGGGUGGGGUGGGGGAAGUGUCUGACUUUUUUUCCUUUCCUCUGAAAUAAAAGGAAAAGCAUUUCUGGA